AUGCUCACGCCCUGCCGCCUUGUCAGGCUGCUCAAGAGAUCAGCUGCUUUCUCGCUUCGCCCAGGGCUGCUCGCCUGGAAAUUGGUCACUCUCUGUAGCUUACUUGCCGUGCAACUCGCAUUCCUGGCUCUGCGUGUCGCCAACCCAACGACGCAUACGCCCGCUUCCAUUGCUGCCGAAGUAUUGACUUCCUUAGCUACGGCAUCAGCACUAGUCUUGGUGUUUCUGGACCAUCAACGGGCAUCCCGCCCGUCUACCUUGCUUAGUCUCUAUUUCUCCACAGCCGUGAUUCUCGGUGUUGCCCGGGUCCGCACUCUAUGGCUACUUGCAGCCCAGAGCGCGGUCUCGGCGUUGAUGGUCACUUCCUUCGUUCUCACCUCCCUGGCCUUGCUCUACGAGUCAGCAGAAAAACUUGACGAUCUUAUUGCCACCCCAAACCCGGCCAAGGGCCCUUGCGCUCCAGAGGAAGUAAGCGGAUUCUGGAUAAGGACCUGCUUCACAUGGCUCGUUUCCACGUUCCGGCUUGGCUACUCUCGGAUCAUUUCUGUAAAUGAUCUGCCUCCUCUGGACAGCAAGCUCCAUUCCGCCGCUCUGGGGGAUACACUUCGUUCAAAAUGGAAGAAACGUAGAUACGGGCCCGCCACAAGCUCCUUCGGGCUUGCCUUGAGUGCUACUUUUUUUUCGCUCACGUCGCCCAUCAUCCCCAGGCUGUGCCUCACCGCCUUCACCUUCUCCCAGCCGCUCCUCAUCAACGCUACCGUGACACUUGUGGGACAGUCUGAUCCGGACCCCAACUACGGCAGGGGCCUUAUCGCUGCCUGGGCUCUUGUCUCUGUAGGCAUUGCGGUAUCUAGCUCAAUCUACCAUUACCAAAAUAUCCGAUUUACGACCAGAUUAAGAGGGGGGCUGAUUGCGCUGGUGUAUCAGCGGACGUUAGAGACGAGAGAAGCCGAGAUGGGAGAUGUGACUGCCAUUGCGUUGCUUGGCGCGGAUGUCGAGCGUAUAAAGGGCGGCAUGGGUAUGCUUCAUGAGGUGUGGGCGUCGGUUCUCGACAUUGCCAUCGCAAGCUGGCUUCUUGGAAUGCAGCUGUCGCUGGCCUGCCUUGCUCCUAUCGUGCUGGUUCUCGUGUUUGUCGGCGCUACCUCAAAGAUCUCGUUAAUGAGCCGGACCGCGCAAAGCAAGUGGAUCGAGAAAGUCCAGGCCCGACUUCGGAUCACUGCGGGCAUGUUGAGUAACAUGAAAGCGGUCAAGAUGUCAGGGCUCGCGCAAGCUGCUUGCAGUAUCAUUCAAGCCUCACGUGCCGACGAGAUCAACGUAUCGGGCACGUUUAGACGACUGCUCGUUGUCACGCUUUCACUGUCGCUCACCCCAAUCAACCUAGCACCCGUAGUCACCUUCGUCAUCUAUGCGUUUACAUCGGUCGCCUUGGUCUCGUUGCUGACCACCCCCGUCAUCGUGUUCAUCCAGGUCCUGCCACAGGUCGUACAGUGUCUCGCUUGCUUCGACAGGAUUGAUGAAUACUGCAGUUACGGCCUAGACUCGGAUCUUGACACCCAAGGGCAAAGCACCGACGUGGGAGACGUUAAGGAAGAGGCAAAUGCCAACCACUUGUCUCUAAAGCGAGCCGGUGAUGGCGACAAAUUACGGGAGAAGUACACAGCAAUCUCCAUCUCAGGCGAAAGCUUUGCUUGGGAUAAAGGAAAUUAUCCUACUCUUCUUGACUUGAACGUGGAGUUUCCCGUUGGGACUAUAUCCGUUGUUGUCGGCCCCGUCGGGAGCGGGAAAUCGUCAUUCCUGAAGGCCAUACUUGGCGAGAUGACGCCCACAACUGCAGCAUCGCGGAAUAACACUUGGAAAACAAGCAGGGCUGGCGGUGUUGCAUAUUGCUCUCAGGAACCUUGGCUCGAAAACACGUCUAUCCGUCAAAACAUCGUAGGGGCUCCGGUACUGGACGAUAAGUGGUACCAGACCGUUAAGACUAUCUGUGGUUUGGAUCCCGAUAUAGCGGAGCUGCCAAAGGGAGAUGACACUCGAAUGGGGAGCCGGGGCCUCAAUCUAAGCCGUGGCCAGAAGCAACGAGUAGCUCUUGCGCGAGCCAUCUAUUCGAGGCACAAGCUCGUUAUUCUUGAUGACGUCUUCAGCAGCAUGGACGCCCAGACUGCGGACACGGUAUCGUCUCUCCUGCUGGGCCCGCAGGGCGUUCUGCGCGACGCUCGCACAACCGUGGUGGUAGUUUCCUACAACCGUAAAGUUAUAGCAUUGGCAGAUAGGGUAAUUGUCUUGAGAAACGGCAAGAUUGCGGAAAUUACUCGUCCCGCUACUGUUCUGCAUGAUAGGGACACUGCGGACAAACUACAAAUACGUCUUGACUCGCAUCAUGAUACCUCGGAGGAUCGGUGUGAAGAUGAGGUUGAGCAGAAGCCGCAACCCAGAGAGCUUAUGGCUCCCGGUACGACGGACGAGGAUCGCGCGACCCCAGCAGAUGGGAACCGGAAGAAAGCCGACUUUACGAUCUACAAGUACUACCUGACGAAUGCAGGUUACGCAGCGAUGUUCUGUUAUGGAGCUGCCGUCGUCGUGUGGAUAUUCUGUACCGAGUUUUCUGCAAUCUGGAUCAUGUGGUCGUCAGAGGCCAACAUCAAGCAGCCCAAUCGGGACGUCGGUCUAUACAUGGGCAUCUAUGCGAUGUUAGGUAUUCUGGGCACGGUUGGAGCUGCUUCGGCUGCCUGGUUUGCGUUCACGUCCGUCAUAAGCAACACCGCCGCCAAUUUCCACUCGCAGCUCCUCCGAGCGAACUUCUCGGCACCACUCCGCUUCUUCACUGAUACCGACAGCGGCGAGCUUCUUAACAGGUUCAGCCAAGACAUGGAGCUCAUCGACAUGGAACUUCCUGCUACAAUGGUCAACAACACGUCAAGUAUGUUCGUGUUCCUGCCCCAUAACCCGUUGAGAAGCUCGCUGAACUCGGACGAAGCGCUCGUCUCUAUCCUGGCCAAGGUGAUCGUCCUUGCAGUAUUCUCGCAGUAUCUCGGGACAGCAAUCCCACUCCUUGGAGGCGCUGUGUACCUGCUCCAGAGGUUCUAUCUCCAGACAUCGCGCCAAGUCCGCCUGUUGGACAUCGAAGCUAAGGCUCCUCUGUACACACACUUCAGUGAGACCGUUGCCGGCGCAUCCACGAUACGCGCUUUCGGAUGGCGGGAGCAGCACAGAGAGCGCAACUUUGGACAUGUCGACACCUCUCAGCGUCCAAUGUAUCUCAAGAGCUGCGUCCAAACUUGGCUAGCGUUCGUAUUGAACAUGAUCGUCGCGGCGCUCACCGUGAUUCUGGUUGCGGUAGUCGUUACCUGGCACGAUAGCUUCAGCGCUGGCAGCAUUGGUGUCAGCUUGAACGUGGUGAUUGGCUUCAGCGAAACUCUUGCAAGGCUCAUAGAUAGCUGGACGAAACUGGAAUCCAGCGUCGGGGCCGUGAGGAGAGUCAAGCAGUUCGUAAUGGAGACGGAGUCGGAAGAGGAGAAAGACAAGAAUGGAGAUGCGCCCCCUGGCUGGCCACCAGAGGGCGCGGUCAAGUUUGAUGGUGUUACUGCCUCUUACAGGGGUGAUGAUCAGCCAGUCCUUAAGAAUGUCUCGCUUUCGAUUCUACCCGGUCAACAUGUGGCAAUCUGUGGCCGCUCGGGUAAUGGCAAGACCUCGUUCAUCCUAAGCUUACUAAAGAUGAUAACCGUGGAUCAUGGCAAGAUUUACAUCGACAAUGUCGACAUCUCAGACCUACGAAGCAGCGCCAUCCCGGGAACUAUCCGCACGAAUGUGGAUCCGUUGCACGUCGCUCCGGAUGACACGAUUGAAAGAGCACUCAGAAGGGUGGGACUGUGGUCUCUCGUCGAGGCCCAGGGCGGCCUAGACAAGGUGGCAGAUGCUGCCGCGUUCUCUAGUGGCCAGAAACAACUCCUCUGUUUUGCUAGGGCCAUGGUCAAGCAGUCCAAGAUCUUGGUGCUCGACGAGGCCAUGAGCAGCGUGGAUGCCGAGACCGAAACGAUCAUGCAGGACAUUGUUGAUACAAAGUUCCGUGGUUGUACGGUGAUAGCCGUGAUGCACAAGCUGCUACAUGUGACGCGAUACGACAAGGUGGCAUUGAUGGAGAACGGAGAGGGCUGCUCGAGUUUGACGACCCCCGGUUGCUGA